GAACGAUGCAUCUUAGUAAUAGGCCAGGAGUCCCUGUUAUCAAGCAACGACAACUUGUUCCAUCUCUCCCCACUUCGUUCCUUCCAUCCACAGUUUUCUUUCUUUUCUAUCUUUUUCAGGGAAUUACAGUAGUUUCGUUUUCAUUCACGUGCUUCGUCUCUUUUUGUUUUUGCGCAUUCACACACAUAUAUAUAGCUAGAUAUUGUGUUUCGCAUUUGGCGGGGAUGCGAAAUUGGAUUCAAAUCUUGCUCGCGUGAAUGCUGAAGGAGGAGGACUUGUGAUAAAGACAGACAUUCAUCGGAAAAAAAAUGGAGAACGAAAGCGGAAUAUUGGAGAAUUUGAUGGGAGGCCAACACAAGUCCAGCAACAACUUCUUCAUGAAAUCAAUCAACUUCUUCAACAACAAAAAGCGCGACGAUGAUGAAUUUGCUAAAAAUUCCCCAAAGCCCCUAACGUUCCUCUCAUCUUUCGCUAAUUCCGUCGUAUUUCGCUGUUCCAAGAUCCUUCUGAUCCCUACUGAAGAAUUACAGCAUCGUUUUGACACCGAGUUACCUGACACCGUUAAACAACCUUCGACUUAUGCGAGGAACUUUUUAGAGUUUUGUUCAUACCAAGCACUGCAUCUGGUAACUGGACGUCCAGAUUAUUUUAGUGAUAAGGAGUUCCGUCAAUUGACUUAUGACAUGAUGCUUGCAUGGGAGGCCCCUGGCGUGGAGAGUGAACUACUAGACAAAGAAACUGCUUCUUUCCAUAACCAGGAAGCAGAGGACGAGGAUAGGUGGUCGUUAUUUUAUUCUAAUCCUACAAAUAUGGCUGUUCAGGUUGAUGACAAGAAAACUGUUGGACCAGAGGCUUUUGCAAGAAUAGCUCCUGCCUGCGCUCUUGUGGCAGAUAUAAUCACUGUCCACAAUCUUUUUGAUAUACUGACAAGUUCUUCAGGCCAUAGACUUCAUUUUCUUAUAUAUGACAAGUAUCUCCGAAACCUUGAAAAGGUGAUCAAAGGUGCAAAAAAUGCAUUGGGGCCUCAAUUGUUAUCCAACCUUAAGCUUGAUGAGGGAGAGAUAAUUUUAGAUGUUGAUGGCACAGUUCCCACUCAACCAGUUCUGCAACAUAUUGGCAUUUCUGCAUGGCCAGGGCGGCUGAUACUGACCAAUUAUGCUCUGUACUUUGAGUCUCUGGGAGUUGGUCUAUAUGAAAAAGCUGUCAGAUAUGAUUUGGCAAUGGACAUGAAGCAAGUCAUAAAGCCUGAACUAACUGGACCAUUGGGUGCUCGCCUCUUUGACAAAGCCGUGAUGUACAAAUCAAUAUCUGUAGCAGAGCCUGUUUAUUUUGAGUUUCCUGAAUUUAAAGGCAAUUCACGACGGGACUAUUGGUUGGACAUCUGUCUUGAGGUUCUGCGUGCUCACAAGUUCAUUAGGAAGUAUAAUCUCAAAGGUACUCAGCAAUCUGAAGCACUUGCAAGGGCAAUUUUAGGUAUUUUCCGAUGUCGUGCAGUGAGAGAAGCCUUUCACAUCUUCUCAUCCCACUACAGAACGUUACUAUGUUUUAACUUGGCUGAAAGUCUUCCUGGGGGAGACACGAUCUUGGGAACUCUAUCAAGUCGCUUGGCACUUCUGAAUGCCAGGACCUCUAGAGACAAUUCAGUUGGGGCCAAUGGAAAACAGGGGUUGAUGUUUCCAGUUUCACUUUUGACACUUUGUAGGCUUGGACUUAUUUUACAUAAAGAGGGAAUUGUGGAUGGAGAAGCAAUUGUUCCAGCUGCAGAUGUCUGUGUUGGUGAAACAAAUCCCUUGGAAGUGGCCGUAAAACAGUCGAAAUGUGAGACAGGGAGAGCUGAAGCUGCACAAGCAACUGUGGACCAAGUGAAAGUGGAGGGUAUUGAUACAAAUCUAGCUGUAAUGAAGGAGUUGCUUUUCCCACUUAUUGAAUCAUUACAUUGUCUUCAACUUUUGGCCUCAUGGGAAGAGCCUUCCAAAUCAACGGUAUUUCUGGUGUUGGUCAGCUAUAUGACUUAUAGGGGAUGGAUCAGGUAUAUAUUACCAUUUAUUUUUUUGGUUCUCGCUGUUCUCAUGCUCUGGCGUAGGCAUGCCAACAAAGGCGGUCCAUUGGAAGCAUUCAAAAUCAUAGCUCCCCCCAACAAAAAUGCAGUAGAGCAGCUGCUGACAUUACAGGAAGCCAUCACCCAAGUUGAGGGUCUAAUUCAAGCUGGAAACAUUACUCUACUGAAACUAAGAGCUCUCCUAUUUGCUGCACUUCCUCAGGCCACGGACAAGCUUGCUCUAUUGUUGGUUCUCAUGGCUGUGCUGUUGGCAUUAGUACCUCUGAAAUACCUAAUAUUGUUGAUUUUCCUUGAGGCUUUCACGAGGGAGAUGCCACUGAGAAAAGAAAGUAGCGACAGAUGGCUGAGGCGGGUUAGAGAGUGGUGGAUUAGGAUACCAGCAGCUCCUGUUCAGCUAAUCAAACCUGAUGACAAGAAAAGGAAAUGAAUGGUCCAGUGAACGCCAUUUCAUUUGUGCAUGAACAAUAACUGCGAAGACUAAUUUCCGAUUGUGCAUAUUUCAGGAUCUUUAGAUAUCCAUUUGUAUGAGAGAAGAUUAGGGCCCGAAAGCAUCUUAUGUCCAUUUUUUUAUUAUAUAUAAUUACUAAUUUGCUA